CAGCGAGUUGUCACUGAAACGGAUGUUGUUAGGCAUUGUGGUCAACACUCGUCCGUCACUCAGUCGAAGCCGCAGCGCGUACGAGGAAGGCCGCGAAGCAAGUCGAUGCUCGCCACCCGAAACCGGCGUGACUGUCCGCAAACAACACUAUCGCAAACUCGUUCCUAUACAAUUAGUGAUAAAAACGAAAACAUCACCCGGAAGACUUUCAGUUACUGACAUCGGUCGCUCGUCACCGCUUUUCACUUGUGAUACUCAUAGCACGAUACAGUGACAUUACGUGUAUUAAUCGAAAUUGAUAAAGAUUGUGCGAUAAUAUUUAUUUUGGGCAAAUUAAAUCACCUGCACCCUAAUGUGAGAGUUUAUCAACAACGCCACGACGCUAUCGAGGCCUCGUGUCAGUUGUUACGGUCAGUAGUCGAUAAUACCAAGUCGUAACACAUCGUCACGUGGCCAACGGAAGAUGCCGGUAUUUGGCUACGAGAAUAUGUCGACUCAGGAAUUGUGCAUGAUGGGUUUCUCUGGAGCGCCACAAUACAUGACACCAGCGCAGCAGUUCCACAAUUGGGACAAGCCGGCUGCGAACUCGUACCCUGGAUAUGAACAAAGGAGCCCACCAGAGACCACGGACGUCCCUAUGGCACAAAGUGGAGAAGACAGUGAUAUUCAACUAGAAACAAGUAGUAGUGAAGCUAGUGCGGGAAGUUCUGUGUCACUCUCACAACAUUGCGCAAUAUGUGGAGACCGGGCGACAGGCAAACACUACGGUGCCUCCUCAUGCGACGGCUGCAAGGGAUUCUUCAGGCGAAGCGUCAGAAAAAACCACCUAUACACAUGCAGAUUCAGCAGAAAUUGUGUAGUAGAUAAGGACAAAAGAAAUCAAUGCAGAUACUGUAGGCUAAGGAAAUGCUUCAAAGCCGGCAUGAAAAAAGAAGCCGUGCAAAAUGAAAGAGAUCGCAUCAACUGCAGAAGGCCAUCAUACGAAGAGCCCUCACAAGCAAAUGGUCUCUCAGUGGUGUCACUGCUCAACGCUGAACUACUAAGCAGGAAGGUCGUCGAUGAGACGAUCAACGUAAGCGACGCCGAAAUCAACAACAGAAAGUUGGCGAAGAUCAACGACGUGUGCGAGUCGAUCAAACAACAGCUGUUAAUUCUUGUAGAAUGGGCAAAAUACAUACCCGCAUUCACAGAGCUCCAUCUCGAUGAUCAGGUGGCGCUACUGCGCGCCCACGCCGGUGAACACUUACUACUCGGGUGUGCGCGUCGCUCACUCCACCUCAAGGACGUGUUAUUGCUCGGGAACAACUGCAUCAUCACUAAACACAAUAUUGACGGCCGCAUGGACAUAGAUAUCAGCAUGAUUGGUGUGCGUGUGAUGGACGAGAUCGUGAAGCCUCUGCGAGAGAUCGAUAUUGAUGACACGGAGUUUGCCUGCCUCAAGGCAAUCGUAUUCUUCGAUCCCAAUGCAAAGGGCCUGUCCCAGCCACAGAAGAUCAAGCAGCUCCGCUACCAAAUCCAAAUCAACUUAGAGGACUACAUAAGUGACCGGCAGUACGACGGUCGCGGACGGUUCGGGGAACUCUUGCUGUGUCUACCGCCCCUACAGAGCAUCACCUGGCAAAUGAUCGAGCAAAUACAAUUCGCGAAGCUCUUCGGGGUCGCACACGUCGACAGCCUACUGCAAGAGAUGCUGCUCGGUGGAGCAUCCACAGACGCAAACAUAGAAGAGCAGCCAGCGGAGAUGGCUGCGGGCGGAUCCCCUAUGUCGGCAUCAUCACCACCUCUAGUGCCUCAACUACCGUUACCGGAGCCCGCCUUCCUGGAGCCAGUGCCCUUCAAGCAAGAACCCAACAUGAGCCCUGAUCCCCCAACACCAAUGAAGAGCGCCGAAUUUAUGUCGUUAUAGUGAAAACAAGGUGACUUACGUUUGGUAAAUCUUCAUUGCGUCCAAAUAUAUUAUAGUAUUAAAAUCAUUGUAUAUUACGUACAUAUCAAAUCAGACUGCUUUUAUUAUUUGUCAAUUUAAAUUAUAUAAAAUUGCAUUGGCAAUUUCGAAUACUAAAAGAUAAUUCGUUCAUUCGACGACACAUAAUUAUGAUGUACAUACCAAUGCCAUAAUUCUUUAGCAUUUUUGUAUCACAUCGAGUACUAGAAAGUUAUAUAUCUGUCACGUCUGUCUCCCAUUAGGGUAGGAACAAAACGCGAAACGCACGCUCUGGUGGGCAAUAAAUACACUCAUGUCUUUUUCUUUACAGCCACCAUUUCUUUCGCUUCACCAUCCCACCAUACGUCCAUUCUCGUCUUAACAUCCUUCGUCGUCCAACAAAAAUACCUACAAAUAAAACCAAGUUCAAUCGUAUCCAAAGAAGUCUAGGACUCACAAAUUCAAAUUCUUUAACAGAUUCAUUCAUUCUCUCUGACAAAAUUAGUUAUUGACUCCAGACCAGUACCCAGUAUAUCAGUCAUAAGUAGGAAUCGAGCAGCCUUUCAGCAACUCUUCUCUCAUUUAUCAUCGCAAUUUGUCAUUCCUUUGCCAUCUUUUUACCAUUUGGGGAAACAGGGGAGACUGACGUGACCAGUGGCAUAACGCAGCGCCGUCUAGAAAGUUACAUUUGUAUAUAAUUUUUGGUUGAAUAUAUUUAUCCUUGUAUAUUUAUUAUUUUGUUUAAAGUAACACAACCUUGUCUUGUUUGUAUUAUUCGCCGGUUUUGUAAUCAUUUUUACCGAAGUGCCUAUAAUUAUUGAAAGAUAUAUAUAUAUAUAUAUAUAUAUAUAUAUAUAUAUAUAUAUAUAUAUAUAUAUAUAUAUAUAUAUAUAUAUAUACAUACAUAAGUGUAGAUAUAAAUUUGCCAAUUUAUAUUGUAUAUUAACUAUGAGAGUUAUUUAUACAAAAAUUAGAAAUAAGUUUUAGGAAACUUGUAAGUGUAAUCACUUCCUUUGGCUGUGUGAAAAGGAAAUCGUGUAGUAAGAAAAAUAUCAUUUGCCAACCUGAAAAGUGAACUUUUUACGAGAUAUUUGCAAUUGAUACCGUUUCUAUUGUAUCUGUAAUCAUAAUAUUUUGUGUUUGUAUAUAGUAUUUUGUAUUUCUAAGUACGGUAACGGUGGUCUUUGAAAUUCAUAGUCGACUAAAUAGUCUUAAAGUUUUAGUUACCAAACGUAUAACGUCGUUUUGUAAAAUGUAUUUUUUGUUCAUACGUUUUUGUAUCCAUAUAGGUAGAAUGUAAAUUUUUAGGCAUUUAUCCAAAUGCGCGCCUUUACUCGCACCGAGAUUUCUACGUCCCACGAAUGAGCGUGUAAUUUUUAAAGUGACAAUUUAAUUAGUUUAAUAUUAUAAGAAUUUAUUUACUAUCAGUUUAUAUGAUUAUUGUAACGAAAUGCUCAACCUUUACAGCUUGUUUGAUGUUAUAAAUUUACCAUUGUCGGUGAAAGUUAUUUAAAUAGUAGAUAAGGAAUUGGUAUGUUAUGGGUUUUGUAAAGUUGAAAGUUUUCAUAUAUUAUAGAUAAGUCUUAAUAGGUGCCUUAUUUUCCUACAUUUUGUAGGCUGGGUGUAUUGUUGACCUGUACAUACUAUGUUAUGAUUUUUAGUAGAAUAUAUUUUAAUAAAUAAUAUGUUACACAA